AAGGUGACCUCCUUGAAAAAGGUAAAAAGAGUUGAAAGAUGCAAUCAUACUUUUUCUCACUUUCCCUUGCUUCUUCAAAAAUCAUCUAUAACUUGCUUAGUCCUCCUUUCAAUCACCAAAGUAAUGUUGUUUAUUGUUUCUUGGAUCCAUCUCCACCAGUUAAUCAAAUAGUUGAACAAAAUAAUUUAAAUUAUACACUUGUGAAUCAAAUAAUUGACAUUUCCGAUGGAUUUAAUUACAAAUUAUAUAAUUUUGUUAGCAACGGUUUAUUUAACCAUUGUCCAGGCAACAGUUUACCAAUCACAGCAACGAACUGGUAACCAUGCAUCUUCAAAAUAUGUUGUUGGAUAUCAAAAUCAUCCACAAACAACCCAUUUUGUCGCUCAAAAAGGUGGAAUUACUUAUGGUCAACUCGCUGGAUCGGGUCGAUCAAAUUAUGGACUACAGGAUAAUCUAAAUACUUAUACUGAUGGUAGACCUUUAGCUCAAAUUCCUGUUUUAAUGGUUCCAGUUGCUCAAGAUUUCGGAUUAAUCUAUCAAGCUGUUGAGCCUUAUUAUGAACAACCAAUUACACAACAACGAUAUGCCAAUCAGCAAUCUGGACCCGUUUAUGCCUCUCCUGGUUCAAGUGGUCCGCGUUUCAGUUCAUAUUAUAAUGUUGAACUGGUUAAUAUGAUUUAUGGAAGGCCUAGAUCAAUGGUUAUUGAACAAAAGGACACUCAAUAUGACAUUAGUAGACGAUAAUACGCUCCAAUUGAAUGCGUUACAAGUAUAUUGUUUUCGUGCAUUUUGUUUGUUGAUGUUUUUUUGUUGAUGUUUGCUCUUCAAAUCUUUUGUUCAAUUUUUUAUGCUGUAAUAAGUAAGCAAUAAUUAUGAUUGUUAAACUGUCAACAUUUCCUGAUAGUUGAAGUAAUUUUCUUAACCAUCAAUGUUUGUUGUGAUUUUACCUCAAUAAUCAUACUUUCACCUCAUGCCAA